AAAGCAAGCCACGGAGAACUUCAGUAACCUCCAGGAAAACUCUGAGGUUAGGGAGACUAGCACAGCCAAAGAAGACAUGAGGAGUCUGCUGGCACUGCUGAUUGUGACUCUGGCCCUGGCAGCACUCUGUUGUUGCGAGAAAGAUCCCAAAGAGCCUUCAGGAUCUCUCAGCGCUGACAGCAUCAAGAUUAAAAAAGAAGUUGCCAAUGCCUUUGUGAAGAGGCAGAAGAGAUCCAGCCUCUAUGAACGGUACUUCGAGUAUUAUAAAAAUCCAAUGGAGCAGAUGCAUGAGCGCUGUGAAAACUAUCCCCCCUGUGACUAUCUCUCUGACCAAAUAGGAUUUUCCUUGGCCUACAACCGUUUCUUUGGGAGAUACUAAGGAUUGGAAGGUCUCUUCAUUUGUUUGGCUUGGAACUCUCUGAGCCCCACAAGAGAAAGAAGGUUGUGGGUGGAAGGAGGGAAGGGAAAUAUCUAAACUGGCAUCUACUUCCAUUGUCUCCUUAACCAGCUGGAAUGCAAGGCAGUAAUUAUCCUACUUGUUGAGCUUACAUUAGCUUUCUUCCUUUCAUCAAAAA